GUUAAUGGCUAUACAUACAUUAUAUAUUUGCAAGUUGCUGUAGUGUUGCUCUGCUCUCUCAGAAGCGAUCGGAAGCCGCUUCAAGGUAUUGAAGAAGAAGAAAAAAACCACCACAGCUCUGUUCUCGGAAAGAGAACAAUUCUUCAAAUAACAACAUAGGUUAACGAGAAGAGGAGCAUGAAACUGAGCCAUACAAUUCAAUGUUUCUUCAGGUACAUCAACUUGUGAGAUAGAGCCACAACAUAACAUUGCACAAGUAACAGGUGAAGGUUGAACAGGAAGAAGCUAUGGCAGGGUGGGAGAAAGGCAAGAGGGACGCCAUUUCUUUGAAGAAAGACCUCGACAACACGCUACAGCAGAAAACUGCUUCGGAAGAGAGAAUAAGGCACUUGGAUGCGGCGCUCAAGGAAUGUAUGCAGCAGCUACACUAUGUGCGAGAAGAUCAAGAGAGACGAAUUCACGGAGCUGUGAUCAAGACAUCAGAAGAGUUUGAGAAGCAACGGACUGCUCUGAACGGGAAGCUAGCAGAAACUGGCAAGAGGAUUGCUCGAUUAGAAUCCGAAAAUUCCCAACUCCGUAAUUCUCUAUCAUCAAAGGAAAAGACCAUUCAAGACUUAAGCAAGUAUACAACUCAGGUCGAAGCUGAUCUGCAUGCCCUUGUGCUGAGAGUAGAUUCCUCUGAGAAAGAAAAGGCUUCGCUCAGCUACGAGUUUCGUGUUCUUGAGAAGGAACUUGACAUUCGGAACGAGGAAACUGAAUUCAAUCGCCGCACAGCGGACAUAGCUCAGAAGCAACACCAAGAGAGCAUGAAGAAAGUUGCCAAACUAGAGUCCGAGUGUCAAAGGCUGCGUCUCCUUGUGCGCAGACGGUUGCCCGGCCCUGCAGCCUUGACAAAAAUGAAGAAUGAAGUCGAAAUGCUCGGAAAGGAUCAAGCUGGAACUAGAAGAAAAAGAUCAAAUUAUUACAUGAUUAGUUCGGCCGACUUUCAUGUUGAUGAUGCAGCAGCUGAGACAAGGAUCAAUCUUCUGACUGAGCAGCUUCUUAGAAUGGAAGAACAGAACAGAAGUCUUCAGUAUGCACUUAACAAGAAAUCAAGCCAAUCCCAGUUUUCCAGCAACACGUAUGAUCGUGCAGCGUCUAGGUCAUCCCAGGGCGAUGCACAAGAUGGAGUGUUCAAGAAGGAGCAGUUACUGGCAGCACUGUCUGAUUUGGGAAGUGAUGACAAAGAUAGCUGUGCAGAGUCUUGGGCACCAGAGCUUGAGCAUUACAGAAAUGAGAAGCAGUCGGGCACGCCAUCGAACAGAUACAUGGAAACUCCAGAGAUGAAUCUCUUGAAUGACUUUGCUGAGAUGGAAAAGUUGGCCAUAGUUAGUAUUGAUUAUCCGGCCACAAGUUCCCAUCAUUCCUCUGAGGAAGGUAAUGGCCCCUCUGGAGGGCAUUUGUUGCCAAUAGUUGCUAGUGAGAUGGUUCCAGUUAAUAGCAAUGGAUCAGAAGCUUUGGCUUCAGACCAGGAUAUUCAGUCUGAAACCACUUCAGCCGACAGAUUUCCCAAGCGGCUGGAUGACUUGCUGAAGAUGCUUUUAGAGUACUGCAAAGCAUUGAAAAUAAGCCCUCGUGAAGUAUUGGAGGAUAUGAAGGCUGCUUUGAAGCAUAAUAGCUCGGACUCUAUGUAUUUUAACAAAAAAUGCAGUCGAAGCCAUCUUGAUGCAACAACACAUUCCCCAAAAGUAAGCAGGCAAGCCUCAAAUAAAUCUUUCAACCUAGAACAAGCAUCAGAUACAGGAAUUGCAAAUGACAUCUCAACUGCAAAUGAGACUGAUCGGAAAUUGGAGAGUAAUGUGAGCAUACAGAUAAGCAAGAUUCUUGAGCUACUUGAAGGGAUAAAUAUAUUACCUCAAGAUAAUGGUGUGGCAGAGGAUGAUAAGCGUUUACCAUACAAGAGUUUGACAACGGCAACAGGCUACAUGGUCCGAGUGUUUCAAUGGAAAUCAGCUGAACUAUCUGAAGUUCUGCAACAGAUUUUCCAAACUUGCAAUGAAUUGCUGAAUGGAAAAGCCAAUCUGGAACAGUUUGUUCAGAUUGUAGCUUCUACUUUGGACUGGGUGAUGAACCACUGCUUUUCCCUUCAAGAUGUUUCGAGCAUGAAGGAUGCAAUGAGGAGUCGUCUGGAGUGGGAUGAAUCAAGGAGUGAAAGCGACUUUGAUAGUGGAGUAAGCAUCCAAAGAGAAGAGGCCAAAAAGUUGAUUAUCGAACCAGCAAAUACAGAUUUGUCAACUUCUGAUUUUCAAGGGAGAGCUCAAUCACCAAUCUUCAAGGCUGAAUCUUUCGAGAAUCAACCCGAGAAGGAAGCUGCCCUGCAAUCUAUGGGAAAUAUUGGAGAUCAAAUCAAAAAAGGGAAGAUGACAGAGGACCUGGAGACCAAUUUCAUGGACGGUAAUCAUGAACAGAUAAACACUUGCGAAAAAAUAUCAUGUCCGAAGACUGAUCUGGAAGAUAAGAGCAACUCUGUUGAGAGACGGGAAGAAACAUGCAGUAACCAAGUGACGCGGCCAAAAAGCAAGAGAAGCAACGGAGGUGAGGAUGAUGGAAAACCCUGUGAAAAGCAACUUCGAGAUGAUUGGGAGAUUAGCGUAGCUUCUGAGAAAUUGGCCGAGUGUCAAGAAACUAUCAUAAAUCUCGGAAAGCAAUUGAAGGCAUUGGCUUUACCAAGGGAUGCAGCUAUGUUCGAUACUGUUGUACAUACACCUGCUGACUAUGUAAUUACCAGCACACCAACUACUACGAGAAUCCUUAGCAAGCGAUUGUCUCUACUAGAUAACAUGCUAGCAGAAGACAGUGAUCAAAUCGGUUCUUCUCCAACAACCACAGAUCAUAUUCAAAAUGGAAACAGCAAUUCUACUGUGAGUACUAAUGCUGCAUCAGAGUCGUGGAGCAAGUUUAUGGAUCCCGAUGGUAUCAAAGGCGAGGUAAACAUAAAAGCAAAUGUUUCCAUGGCUAUUGUCCCUCGCAAGAAAAAAGAGGGAAGAAAUUUUUUGAAGAAGUUGUUCAUGUGGCAAAAGAAAGGUGACAGAAAGAAAACACUCUUCUCCUAAUCUGCAAUGUGACAAUGGAGCUAAAAAUGAAACUUCUAUUCCUGUUGUAUUAUUCUUCCACAGACUAUAUAGAGGGUGAAGUCUUGACAAAGGCUUGAAUAUUUUUGUAUAUCUUGCUGUAAAUUUAGCCACUAGACACAUUGAUUGAAUAUAAACAACUCAAAAUAAAGAUGAGAGUGAAGAGAGAAGUUUAAGAAUACCCAUA